GGCUGCGGAGCAGGAUAAUGGCGGUUGGGGCGGACGGCGGCUGGCGGUUGGGAGCGGUGCGCGCGCCGGGCUCUGCGUCCUGAAACCGCCGUUAUGUACUCGGCGUCGCCGCCGCCGCCGCGACGGGACUUCAUCUCGGUGACGCUGAGCCCCGCGGAGGCGGCGGGGGCAGGCGGCUACAACAACAGCAAGGCCUGGAGGAGGCGCUCCUGCUGGAGGAAAUGGAAGCAGCUUUCUCGACUACAGCGGAGUGUAAUUCUCUUCCUGUUUGCCUUCUUGGCAGUCUGUGGAGUCAUUUCAUACACAAACAUGGGGGAACAGUGGAAAAGUCUAACGAACAAAUCAUCAGAAGAUCAGAAGACAGAACUAGAGAUCCCUGGAUUGAAACCAGCAAAUCCAGCUGUUUUACCAGCACCGCAGAAAGCAGAUGCCAACUACCCGGAGCUUUCACCUCAGAAACAUUCAAAGCCUCCUCAUGUCCGACGUGGUCCUCCUAAUCUGCAGAUCAGACCGCCACGGAGAGAUGCAAGGGUAAAGGCCCAAGAUGUUGCUGGCAAGACUGAGGAAGAACCUGGCCAGGCUGAUAAAGAAGAGAAAACAGAAAAGUCCAUUAUUAGUUGGAGAGGAGCAGUGAUAGAACCUGACCAAAGCACUGAACCUCCUUCCAGUAAAAUAAAGGAACCAGAAAAACCAUCAUCUGUGGAAGUGGAAGAUCAGAAAGAGCCAGUGCCCAUAAAUGAACGUCAGAUGGCUGUGAUAGAAGCAUUCCGCCAUGCAUGGAAAGGUUAUAAAGAGUUUGCUUGGGGACAUGAUGAACUGAAGCCUUUGUCCAAAUCCUACAGCGAGUGGUUUGGACUCGGUCUUACAUUAAUUGAUGCAUUGGAUACCAUGUGGAUUUUGGGCUUAAAAGAAGAGUUUGAAGAAGCAAAGAAAUGGGUGGCAACUGACUUACUGCUUGAUAAGAAUGUGGAUGUGAACCUCUUUGAGAGCACCAUUCGUAUUCUGGGGGGUUUGCUGAGCGCCUACCACUUAUCUGGAGAUAGCCUCUUCCUGGAAAAAGCUAAAGACAUUGGGAGCAGGCUUAUGCCAGCAUUCAACACACCAUCCAAGAUACCAUACUCAGAUGUAAACAUUGGCCGAGGCACUGCCCACCCACCUCGUUGGACGUCUGACAGCACCGUGGCAGAGGUGACCAGUAUUCAACUGGAGUUUAGGGAGCUCUCUCGUCUCACUGGAGAUGAGAAAUUCCAGAAAGCAGUAGAUGCGGUGAUGAAGCAUGUACACUCUCUCUCAGGGAAGAAUGAUGGGCUGGUGCCCAUGUUCAUAAACACCAACAGUGGGCAGUUCACUCACCUGGGUGUCUACACUCUGGGAGCCAGAGCUGACAGCUACUAUGAAUAUUUGCUCAAGCAAUGGAUCCAGGGUGGGAAGAAAGAAAAUGAACUGUUGGAAGAUUACAUGAGAGCUAUAGAAGGGGUGAAAAAGCAUUUACUUCGGACGUCACAACCCAAGAAGCUUACUUUUGUAGGUGAACUUGCUCACGGCCAUUUCAGUGCCAAGAUGGAUCAUCUAGUUUGCUUCUUACCUGGGACACUGGCUCUUGGAGCUCACAAUGGGCUGACUGCUGAUCACAUGGAGCUGGCCAAAGCCCUCAUAGAAACUUGUUACCAGAUGUAUGUUCAGGUAGAGACAGGCCUGAGCCCAGAGAUUGUACACUUCAAUCUCCAUGCACAAAAGGACCGCAAGGAUGUGGAGAUCAAGCCUGCAGAUAGGCACAACCUGCUGCGACCUGAAACUGUGGAAAGCCUGUUCUACCUGUACAGAUUCACGGGGGAUAAGAAAUACCAAGACUGGGGCUGGGAGAUCUUGCAGAACUUCAAUAAGUAUACACGGGUUCCUUCAGGUGGUUACACUUCCAUUAACAACGUCCAGAACCCCAGUAACCCAGAGCCAAGAGAUAAGAUGGAAAGCUUCUUUCUUGGGGAAACACUCAAGUAUAUGUUUCUGCUGUUUUCGGAUGACGUAGACCUAAUCAACCUUGACAAAUAUGUAUUUAACACAGAAGCUCACCCCCUUUCUAUCUGGGCACCAGCAUAGAAGUACUAUGUGAACCUUCGGCAGCGGGCUGUUACUUUGAGUCACUUUACUGUGCAGGGUUUGAACUGGGAUAGCAGAGAAUUGCUCUAUUUACCCUUUCUUGGUUUUUAAAAAAAUUGGAAAAACAUCUCUGAUUUAGAGAAAUCUGUCAGUCUUAAAUCUAACUCUGUGCUUUAGCUCGGGGAUGGACAACCUGAGCACACUAUACUGCUUUGCCUGGAUUUGAUGCAGACAUCAGGGUUGGGGAAGCAAUUGCAGUGUGAACCCUGAUGUUAAUAGGUCUCUGAGCAACCAGUGACUCACUCAUGCCAUUCUUUGUAAAUUUUGGUUACAUUUCAGGACAGCAGCAAGUUGUCUUAUAGCACAGGAUUGUCUCUGGAGAGAAGGAUGUACUGAAAAGUUUGACUCCAGCUCAUUCCAUGGUAUGAGCCUGUAAUAUCUCCAUAUGGUAUGUGGGGUAGACAGAGACCUGUACCAUUGUCCCAGUAAAAAUGGGGAUGUCAGUAAUAUUGCUGACACUUUGAUCUCAUUCCAAAUCAAUGAGCUGUGCAGCAUUAUGUUUGAAGAGAAGUUAUGUUACAAAAACAUCUAUAGUACAGCAUCUGAAUUUUAUUGAGCUGUGUCUAAAAUGAAUGAAUGGUGGCAAAUUGAGUACAGAACUUGCUGCUGAUUUAGCUCAAAGUGAUAUACAAUUUUGUAGAUGUAUGGCAAUUUUUUUAACUUAUCUGCAGGAAUGCAGGAGACAAUGUGAAAAGCAAACAAUAUACAUACAUGCAUUUAUAUAUAUAUAUUUGCAUCAGUUAGUCUCAGGUAUUCUGACUGAAAGCUGCUUUGCGAGGUUGAGCUACCGAAAAGCUGGUGAGCACAUUAGGUGUAAUUCAAACUCAACUUUCUCAGAUCUUGGAUUUUAAAAAUGUUAUGUUGGAUCAGUGAGGCUUAUUGUUGUGCAGAGUAAUUCCUACUAUUUGUCUUACUAUGGAUUAACAAGGAGGGGUUUUCAAUUCUUUUUUCUUCUUUGAAGUACCUUGCUUGAAAGUGUUAUGUUCCCCUGUAGAAUUAAAUACAGAUGGUCUGAGGGUCUUCUGACAUGGAUUCAGAAUGUGGUCCUACUGAAAGGGUCUCCCCUCUAAUACUGCCAGUAGACUUGCUGAGAGCUGUUUGGGUGCUUUGAGGAGAAAAUAGACCUAGUGUUUAUGUAUAAAAGUAUCUUCUGUGAACCUAGGGAGUCUUGCAUUUUUAUUUCUGGAAAUGAGUUUCAAAAGUAAAAUGAAAGAAAUGUUUGAAAGAAACAUGAAUUUUGAAAGUAGCUAACUUAUGCAGUCCUGUGAACACCAAUAAGUUGUGGGAGAAAAGUGCUAGUUCACUUAUAUUUUAGGGUCUCUCUUCUUGUCAUAGUUUCCAUUCCCAUAGGUCUCAUUAAUGAGAAGACAGGUUACAGGUACGUGUGUAGGCACAAUCCACUCUAAUUUUGGGGCUGAGAAAUAGUGGUAAUAUAAAGCUGACCCAUUGCAAUUCAGUUAUGGAUUUAACAGUAAAUGUAACUUUCUGUUUUGUAAAGUAGCCAAUGUCUUUAUAACUUGUCUUGCCAGACCUGGUCUUGCUGGAGUAGGACAUUACUAUUUGGACCACUUUUUAAAUCUUUAGGCAGUACUUAUCAUUCCUUGAUAAUGGCACAUGGAAAUGAAGAAACAAUUACUGCAAAUUAUAUUUCUACAUAUAUAUGUGUAAUAUAUAUAUAUAUAUAGAGAGAGAGAGAGAUACCCUUUUUUUAAGUUUGUUGAUGCUGGGAGUUGGGCAUUUGCUGAUAUGACAGGUUAAUGCAGAAUGAGGUGAUCCACAAAUUCAAGAAUUUUAGUAAUCUUGGAAUUCACAAGGUCUCCCCCUUAAGUGCACAUUGGAAUUUAGAAGCCAUACCCUAAAGCUGAAUAGUUGUUUUGUUGCUUGAUUUUUACAUGGUUCAUAAGAAUUCCAGAGUGUCUUGGUUGUAUUUAAGGGGGCUUAAGAGUUAAUUUUCAGGAGAUGAAUAUACACCCUAGUGCAGAGAGCAUAUGCAAGGUUCUAUGUAUCACUUAAGCCCUGUAUUAAGAUCAUAAAGUGCAGUUGCACUCUUAGAAGCAUUUGACUCUGCAAAAAUGGCACUGUAGGGUUCCAUGUGUAUUGUGUUGCAAUUCCUUCCAUAUCACAUGAGCUCAGUAUACAAGUAGAAGGAUAUGGGAUGAAUUUCACUCUGAAUGAAUAAAGUGGAGGGAGGAGUAAACAUUAUCCCCUCCCCCCCCCCAUCCUAAAUUUCUAUUCCAAAGCUAUUGGUCUGACUUAUUUCUUCUCUGGCUUCAUGCUGUCUUAGGAAAUUAACUUAUCCUAACUGGCGGUUUUUGUCAAAUCUUACCUUUUUUUAAUGUUUUGUUUAAUAUUGGUCAACAUUCUGCUCAGGGUAGAACAGAAACCUAAUGUCAGUUUGAAACUAUCAUUUAUUAUGCCUGAAACAUGUAAAUAGUCUGACAAUUGGCGAUCUGAUUGCUCCGUUUCUGACUGCUGAAGAGGAAGCUUUAAUUGCUUAUGUCAUGACCUGCUUUUGUGCCCCCUCAAAGAUACUUUCUUGCCUCUGAUUGGUCUGUGAAGUUUAAAGGCACAAUACUCCACCUUGAUGGCACAGCACAUCCUCUUACUUUCCAGGCAUGAUAGGACCAGUGCUCAUUCUUGGUUGGAAAGUUUCCAUUCAGGUACUGUAUGGUCCUUUGAACCAAAGCCUUAAGUGCAGUGAAUAUAAUCCAUCUACUUGGCAUCUCCAUGUAUUGAAUCACUUCCCAUACUCAAAUAAUGGAUUGUUGUGGAAAGGCCAUAAUUUAAUCCAGUGAUGUUAAAGACCCUUUUGCCGCGAGCUGCCUUGGUUACUUUCCAAGAGCUUGAGUGCCUUGCCUAAUUCUAACAAAACAAACAAAGUGCACACACUCAGACUAUUCAUUCGGACUUGGGCCUGCCUCCACUGAGGAAUAAAUACUGCUUGGUUUGUUGUGUAUGGUCACAGCCAUGAAGUACUGCACACUUACAGGGUGAGGCUAGUAGUGGGGUCUCAUUUAGGUACCAGAGUUUAAACGAGGGCUUGGAAAAAUCUCUCUAUUAGCCCAAAGUAGAUAUGAAAGAUUGAUAUGGGGCAAAAGUGAAACCCCCAUUUGAGAAGCCCAACCCCACUGCCACCCCUUAAGUAUGGGGAUUUCUACCAAGGUGCUGUGCCUGGAAUCUCUUGGGCCUCCUCCAUAUUUUAUAUGGUCCUGUUAAGAGUCAGAUUAAAUCUGAAGCUCCACUCAUCCUCUCCAACUGCUGGGAGGGAAAGAAGCUUUGCCUUCCAUUCUCCCAGUGCCUCCGUCAUGAGGGGUUGAGAAGGCAAGUUUCUGCCACUGUAGGCUGUCCUAGCCUUUUUUUUGGUUCUUCACCUGUGAAACUACAGUACUUACUUCUGCUGCUGUGAGCUUUCUCAAGAAGCAGCCUGAAAGUGAAAGGAAGACAAGUUUCCUUGCUGCUCUCAGGAUUCUGAACAGCAGCAAUGAAACCGACAAGUCUAGUUAGUUUCACAUUGCUGCUUGGCAGUCUCAUAGCUGCAGUAGAAACGCUGCAGCCUCAAAGAAAAUACUGCAUUUAUUCACUGUUGGAAGGUUAUUGGACCA